UUUGCCAUGGUGACUUUAACACACACAACUGAAAACUCCCUCGUCUACGCUUUUUUAUUUUUAUUUUUAUUUGUCCAACAUCCUCUCUCUCUCUCUCUCUCUCUCUCUCUCGCGCGCGCGCGCGGAAGAGCAAUGGAAUUUUUGCAGGGCGCCGGGAUCCGCGUUUCUCGAUCGAUGAAAUCUAUUCGAUUGAUGAUGGAAUUGUUUCCAAUCUUGGCGUAGUUGUAAUCAAUCAAUCGCCAGAGUUUUCGUCUCCUCUUGCCUGAUUUGUUCGGUUAUAUAUGACGAUUUAGAGUUGAGAGCUGCAUAUUUUUAGCGGAAGGCCGUUUCGCAAUUUUGUGGACGUGAAUCACAAUGUGCACAAGGGGUGAACAUCAUACAGUCCCGCUCUCCGUGCUCCUGAAGCGUGAAUUGGCGAUUGAGAAGAUUGAAAGACCGGAAAUCGUACAUGGUCAAGCGUGUCAGAGUAAGAAAGGGGAGGAUUUUACGUUGGUAAAGACGGAAUGCGAGAGAGUGGUUGGAGAUGGAGUCUCUACGUAUUCGGUUUUUGGGAUUUUUGAUGGACAUAAUGGAUCUGCUGCUGCUAUUUAUGCGAAGGAAAACCUGUUGAACAAUGUUUUAGCUGCUAUUCCAUCAGAUCUCAACAGAGAUGAAUGGAUUGCAGCAUUACCAAGGGCCUUGGUUGCAGGUUUUGUGAAGACCGACAAAGAUUUUCAAGAGAAAGCACAAACAUCAGGAACCACUGUCACCUUCAUGAUCAUUGAGGGAUGGGUUAUCACUGUUGCUUCUGUUGGAGAUUCCCGUUGCACUUUAGAAUCAGCUGAAGGUGGCAUCUACUACUUAUCAGCAGAUCAUAGACUAGAAUGCAAUGAAGAAGAGAGAGAACGUAUAAUUGCUAGUGGAGGUGAGGUAGGCCGACUGAAUACUGGUGGUGGUGCAGAGAUCGGUCCAUUGAGAUGCUGGCCCGGUGGCUUGUGUCUAUCACGAUCCAUUGGUGAUAUGGAUGUUGGUGAGUUUAUAGUGCCUGUUCCCUAUGUGAAGCAAGUUAAGCUAUCUUCUACUGGUGGUAGGGUUAUCAUAUCAAGUGAUGGUGUUUGGGAUGCUUUAUCCGCUGAAACUGCCUAUGAUUGUAGUCGAGGGAUGCCAGCAGAAACUGCUGCUGCACAGAUUGUGAAGGAAGCAGUACAUUCAAAGGGACUUCGAGAUGAUACUACGUGCAUUGUGAUUGACAUAUAUCCAAGGGAGAAAUCAUCAACUGUUUUGCAGCCACUAAAGAAGCAGGGAAAAGGAAUGUUUAAGUCAAUGUUCCGCAAAAGAUCUUCUGAAUCAUCUUCUCAUUUGGGGAAGGAAAAUAAUGAGUUGGAUGUCGUUGAAGAAUUAUUUGAGGAAGGAUCGGCAAUGCUGUCAGAAAGGUUAGAUGCCAAGUAUCCUAUCUGCAACAUGUUUAAGCUGUUUGUAUGUGCAGUAUGCCAAGUUGAGAUCCAACCUCGGGAGGGUAUUUCCAUAUAUGCUGACUCAUCUAACAGAGGAAAAUUGCGUGCUUGGGAUGGUCCUUUUCUAUGCUUAAGUUGCCAGGAGAAGAAAGAAGCCAUGGAAGGGAAGAGACCAUCUGGAGAUAGACACAGCAGUGGAAGUGACUAGCCUACUCUUGAGUUACGCUUCAUUGUGGGUGCACUGAGCAGAGUUGAUUUUGACCAUGGAAAUAUGACCAGUAUUAGAAAUUGUUCAGAGUUGACCCUCAUCUCGGAGGUUUUCCUCGAUUCUCAUUGCUUGCAUUGAGAAUUUGGAUCACUUUUUGAAUUCCACGACAAUUCCAUUGGGAAAUAUAUAGCUCUCUAGUGUUCUUCAAGGCAGGAGGGAGAUGGCAGUUAGAGUUGAUUGCUUUUGUAUACUGUUUUCUGACAUCGGUUUAUGAUGGCAUGCUUGCCUUGCAUCUUGGAGGAAAGCUUUCGAUAAACUCGCCUGUACAUGAUACUGAAGAGUGAAGGUAAAUCAUUUAUUUUCUCCAUUCAUCAUCCCAUUAUCUGUUUGUCCUUUCAACUUACAAUGCCACUGAAUGAACACAUUCGUUGUUGUAAUUUAUUAUAUAGGGAAUUCAUUUAGAUAUUUUUAGCAUACAGUUGGUUAGGAGGAAAUCCCUUGCAACACGGCUGUCUAGACAAAUUGUUCAUAAAAUUUGAUACUGUUCUCUGACAUGUUCGAGAUGAACCAUAUAAUAGAAAAAGUAGUCACUUUUUUCCGAGGAAAAGGAAAUGC